AUGGAUAUAGGACACGGCAAGGAGCUACACUAUGAGGAGCUUGGGCUCAAGCAUCGAGGUAGCGGGCUAGCAUUCAAAUAUCUCUUCCUCGGUGAGGAGAAUACUCCCGAGAACUAUCUCUUCAGCAUAUCGCGCCAAGGCGCCUUUUACUCGCCUGUUCACCGGCAUACCUUCGAUCAGUUCCGGUACGCAUACCGUGGCGACGUGUCUAUUGCACCAGAUCUCCUUCAUGAAGGAGAGUUAUGCUACCAUCCGGAGGGUGUUUUCUACCGGCCACAGCUCGAUGAAGGGGGCGAGUGUGAUGUGUUAGUUCUACAAUUUGGUGGAGCGAGUGGCAAAGGAUACCUCAGCUUUGCACAAAUUGCGAAAGGUCAGGAAAAAUUGAAAGAGCAGGGCCGAUUUCAAAAGGGCAAAUAA